AUGAUCAUAGUAAUAACAAUAAUUAUUGAAUAUAUUAAUAAUAAUAGACAGCCUGACAGAAAACAAGGAAACAAACAAUUAAAGAAAAUAUUUAAAUUUUUAUUGUACAACGAUGAAUUAUUGUUACCGCCAUGUCCCGGGACUUUCUCCCUGCUGCCUUCCCCCCCCCCCCCCCCGCUCCCAUUUCGCCCUGCUCACUUUUUUUAUGUGCCACUGUAGCAGAAUUAAUUGUUUCGCACUCGCCGGAGGCGAAGGAAAACUGCAUAAAAUUUACUGGUACUGAAAAUCGCUGCGAAAAUCUUUUCGACCAUGGACUUAUGAAAAUGGGAUCCGAAUCAGCGACGAGGAUUGCCAUCGGGAAUGCUUGAGCGACCAAAGAAAUUUUCACUGGUGCUCGGGAGAGAGUCGAGACUGUUUUAUAGUUGUGAAAAAAAUCGAAUUUUUUAACCUAAUGAUCGAGUGAGCGAUCAUCGAUGAUGUAAAAAAUAUUUUUUGAUCAUGUUAUUAAAGUAUAUGAUAACCCGGGAAGGAUCUUUGAACCAACUGCCACGGGCACGAUACCACCGGCGUUGCUUCUCGGGACUCGGAAACACGAGGCUCGCACAGCGGAGGGGUCCAGUCAGAUUCUUCGAUGCCGAUUGGCUGAGCUCGACGAAUCGGGGGAAAAUAUUUCGACAGUGCUCAUAACGCGGUCUUGUUUUGAAUCGCUGUAAAUCCCAGUUUGCUCCCAAACGUAACGAUUAUUUUUCCAAAACUUGGCAAUUGGAUCGCACUGCUGAUUAAGAAAUUCGAGGAAUUUUCAAUGAAUCGGAGGUCAAGAGAUACAUACGGGAAGCAAGAUCGCCCACGGUUAGUGGAACUGCGAGACACGCUUUGACCACACCGCCGUAUUUUAUGAACCGAGAGCCCCGGAUUAUCGAGAUUUCGAAACGACAAAAAAAACGUGAGGAUUUUCUUAAAAUUUCCAAUCGAAAUUUACUUCUUGAGAAAUUAGAAGAACAAACGAUAACCAAUAAUAAAAAGUAAUACAAACAAAUACACCCUCAAAUCACGUUACCCGUAGCGGCGGGAAGAAGAAAAGGGAGGGGGAGUUUGUGUGACGUCGUCGUCGGAUGAACACCAUAAGAUAUAGUGCACGGGGUAGUGGGGCGGGGGAGGCAGAGAAACUGCGCGAGAAAAGAUUCCGGGGCGCAUCUACCGCAAGGGGGCCCUCUUUGGUGUACGUUCCUUCUUCCCCAUCAUGGGUCGCAAACGACGCAAACCCGUCGGUCUGCAUUCCAGUGUUCUCGUGGACGCCAACGGAGACGCCGAGAGCUCUCGGCACGUCGUAGCGUUUGUUCUUUUCGACCGGCUACGUACAUAAAUUUUAUAUGUAUCAGAGACUCGAGUCCGUACACUAAAUAAGCGUACGUUGUUACAUAUUCAUUAAAAAUAUGUUUACGAAUAUUUAAAAAUACGUAUGAUGUUAACAAAAGUAUAAAUAUAUAUUUGCGAAUAUGUAAAAAAAAGUUGGAAAAUCUAAAGAACGAGAAGAACCUCCAAAAUUCGUAAAACCUCCGAUAAUCCAGACAUGUAAACGUGCACAUGUGCGGCGUGUGUGUACCUGUCGUGUGUGUGCGUUCAGUGUGAUUUGAUUGGUCGCGUGUGCCCGAAGCGUCUUCGGUGUGCUUGUGUGUGUUGUUUUCCUUUUGUUUUUCAAUUCAGCAAAUCGCCGCUCUCGCGCGACGAUUUGCAUUCAUUUUUCGAGGCUUUUGAAUUAUAUUGGCCGACUCUUAAAGAACUCCUGGAAAACCCAUCGCCUCGACGCGAAAGGAAUGUGUCAAGAUGCGGCCGAUGUCCUCCCUGCUGUCAGGCGCCCUUGUGGUCCUUCUACACGCCGUCGGAUUCUGCGCUUCGGCUCAGAAACAAGAGCUGAGUAUGGCGUUCACGCGUCAUCCUCAGCCACUCGCAGCACCCCUUAAAGACGAAGUUGAAUUCGAGUGCAGUCUGAAUCUUGCGGCUGAAAAGUUUGCCUGGCGUCACAGGCCGUUAGGCUCCGAGCACUGGGGCCCUUUAAUAAACGCCCCUAACAGCGGUGGCAAAACCUCCAAGCACGUGGUCACCUUCGACGAUCCUUCGAAAGCCGGGGAUUACAGAUGCAUUGGGUUUUACGGUACGAGUGGCCUGGCUUCAGAUCCGGCGAGAUUGAGUUUGGCUACGAUCGAAAGGUUCACGGACAAGAGUACCGUGGUUAUUCGGGUGCCGGCUGGCAACACAGUGCCGAUAACCUGCCCAGUGCCAUAUUCCUUGCCCGAGCCGGAAGUGCAGUUCUUCAAAAACGGUCAUUCAGUUCGCAACCCAAGCAUGACCGGUAGCCAGACGAUGGUAAUCGAGAAUGCCAAAGUCUCAGAUUCCGGUGACUACGAUUGCAAAGCGAGCAAUUACUUAACAGCCCAGACUUAUCGCAGUAACUAUAAGACAGUAUUGGAAGUUUACAACGACGGGACGAGGGUCGAUCCAUAUUUCGUGAAACAGCCGAGAGCCGUGUACACCGUUUUGCGCGGGAAAAACGUGACGCUCGAAUGUUACGGUGCCGGGUAUCCCGUGCCGAAUGUUACCUGGACGAAGCUGGGACGCGCGUUGCCAGCGAGUUCGCGUUAUACGUCGACAGGAUUGAAAAUAGUCGACGUCAAGUCGUCCGAUCGCGGUGAAUACGACUGCGUGUGGAGCUCGGCCGCGCGAACCAUAUCGUCCGCUAUAAUACUCAAAGUCGUCGAAGUACCGAAGGUACUCAGGCCACCCAAAGCGGCCACUUUCUCGGAAGGCGGUGAGCUCGAAUUAUCGUGCAGCUCGAGCGGCGAUCCACCGCCCAGUAUCGAAUGGCUGAUCAACGGCGAGCCACUCGUACGCAGCGGGAACGUCAAGAUAAAGGGAAACACAUUGUUCAUAUCACCGGUCGAGAAGAGGCACGCUGGUAUCGUGCAAUGCGUUGCGAGCAACGAUUACGGUUCACACUCCGGCUACAAUCUCCUUAGAGUCAAUCCUAAGCAGCACGUUGGCGGAGGAGGCGGCGUCACCGACGGUGGCGUGGGCGGUGGAAAACUCCGGAGCCGUGUCCUCCCUAACGGCAAUGGCCACAAACACUCGAGGGUUGGAGCUGGACGGAGAAGAAACAAAGAGGGACACCGCAAGGGGACUGCAGUGUUGGUGCCGCCGAAUCAGCCGAACGUAACGAGGCUGUCGGACGUAUCGGUAAUGGUACGUUGGUCCGUGCCGGAGAACACAGGUCUGCCAAUUCAAUUUUUCAAAGUGCAGUACCGCGAAUUGGGACAAAAAAUGAAUGGGAAGCAGUCCAAGUGGAUGACAGCGAACACGGAAAUACCGAAUCACGUGAGGUCGUUCGAAGUGCCCGAUCUGCAGCCGGAUCAUACUUACAGAUUUAGAAUAGCAGCUGUUUAUUCGAACAACGACAACGAGCUGAGCCCGAAUUCCGUGAGGUUCCAUUUGAACAGAGUGGUCGGUUUCGACAGCAAUAAAAUGCCGAUACCGUUGCUCACGAAUACCGAAGCUCUAGGGCCGGACCGCGUUCUUUUGAUAUGGCAAAAUCCGGACCGAACAGCAAGCAUCGAUGGCUUCUACGUCUAUCAUCGAGCCUCGACAUCCGCCGGUGAUUACAUGAAAACGACUGUCGAGGGAAAAAACUCGACCAACAUAACGAUCUCGCACUUGUUGCCCGACACGACUUACGAAUUCAAGGUGCAAAGCUUUUCCGUCGAUGCCGCUUCCGAAUUCUCGAAAAUCAUCAGAGAAAAAACCCUCAGAGCCGUCACCGAAGCUCCUCCGGUACAAGAAAUUAUACAGGAGAAUAAACCGAAGAAUGCCGAUAACGGACGCAGUGGCAAUGUUUAUGCGAUCGUUGGAGGUGCACUAGGAGGCGCUACGUUACUCAGCGCUCUCGGGGUUAUCGCGGUCGUUUAUAAAAAGAGCAAAAUCAAGCACAGUCGCGAAUCCUCACAGGAAGGCAAAUCGAUGUCGAACGGUCGCGUUAUGAAUGGUGGUAUAAACGACUCGAAGAUUAACAUAACGUCGAACCCACUCGCGGUAUUAGACACAACGGAGGACACGAUGCAGCCGAAGAGCGGACAACAUACAUCGAUGGAAAUGACCUCGUUUCUAAAUGGUCAAAACAACAAUAGCAACAACCCUAAUGGCGAAUCAACCGGAAGUGGCCUCGUUGAGGGAUCCCGGAACGAACCAACGCUGCUCCAAGGAUCGAUUCCACCGAUCGAGCAACCGCUGUGAAUUUUCCUAGCCUCGUCAACAGACAGUAAAAAUAUCGCAUUUUUAUUAUUAAACAACGGAUUCUAUUUCCGCAUCGCAGCUAAACGAUUUUAUCAUUCAUCUGCCAAUUACGUAACUGCUCAAUGUGUGAUUUCACUACGUGCCUUCUAUCAUGUCUGCGGAAUUGGACCAACGGAUCCAAAUCGUCGGCGAUCAUUUCAUGAAAUGAGAAAAAGGACGGUGCGUCGGAAAUUCAUAAAAACAUUUGCGAGUUGCAAGUUCGCCAAUAAAAAUUCAUAUUUGCACGCAUUUCAAAACUUUGGUUUUCAAAACAAUUGCUCAAUCUCGAAUUUUAAAUUUCCACGAUGUCGGCCAUUGUAGCAUCGCGGCUUGGCGAUCCGUUUGUCCAAUGAGCUCCUUCCAUGAUCUUUUGAUGACCACCUUGAGAUUCAUUGUUCCAUCGAGUUUGUGAAGCAAAUGCGAUUCGACCCAGUCGAGGGAAUUAGAAAAUUUUUAUUCUUUAACCAAACGACAUAGCGACAAAAUUUUUAAUUGCCAUUUCAUCGAAGUCUCAAAAAAUAUUGUCUAAUCAUGUAACUUUUUUAUCAGCAAUUCAAUGGAACUUGUCGCUGACGCUUCCCUGCAUUAUCGGCAAACGUUCUUUCGUGCUCGAUCGAUAUAUGAGUAAUAUCUUGAAAAACGCGCUCAAAAAUCAAGAUUUGCUGUAACAGUCACCAUAAGACUCGCGAGUGGAACAAUAUUAGGUUUAGUUUAAAAACAAGUAUUUUUUUUGGAUACUCGCUCCAAGAACUCAAAGCUUCCUAAAGAAAUUAUGGUAUCAUAAUUUAAAGCGUAAUUAUUAGUGUAUUAGUAAUGAUUAAUUAUCAAUUCAAUUGUUUAUUUCUAUGUCGACUUUAAGUCGAUAGGCAGGCAGCUACGAAAAAAAUCCUCGGCUUCGCUCUUCGCUUGUACAUAAUCAAUAUUAAUCGUAACGAGGAAACACAAUUUAGCUGUACGAUGAAUGUAAUUUUUUUCGUUCAAGUAUUAACUCUCGAGCACACGAGCAUUUUUUUCUUAUUCGUUCAAAAUAAUUAUAUCAGUGAGACAUCUUUUAGUUUUUUACAGUCGACAAAUUUGAAUGAAAAUGUAUCUUCCGAGCAGUCGAGCAAGUUUGGAGUGCGAACGAAUAUUGCUCGCAAUUUUUUACUGUACAUCCUUUUUUCUUUAUAUUCAUUUAAUUGGUAAAAAAGGCUUGUCAAACCUUGCACCAGAGGGUUCAAUUCAACUGCCCGCUUGCCCGCCCAAACAGCAGAUUUUUUUCUCAUUGUACACACAAUGACAAUUUUUUAAAUUAUUGUCCAAUCAUCGUUAUUUUUAAAUUCGAUAAAGCAGCGUGUUACUGCUAUCAACUCCUAUGAAAAUAUUCCGACUAGUCGGCGAACUUGUGUGCCUUAAAAAUCGAAAAGAAAAAACGAUUCGAACGCGAUCAAGAAAUAAAAAAUGUAUAUGUAUGAAAGAAUUUGUGAAAAGAUAAAAGUGAGAAUUUAUGAUUGUUCGUUCGGGAAACAACAAUCGUAAUUUAAAUUUGAGAAAUUGCUCGUUGCGAAAUUUGCAUUGCGAUCAAAAUAUUUUCACUGGCAAAAUUGUGUUAGAUUUGUACAAAUUUAGGAAGCAGGUACAUAAUUGAACGUAUUUUUAAAUAUUAUCUCGUUUGAAUUCAAAGUUGCUGCUCAACUGCACUAGCAGAAGUUUCAAAAUUCUUUGGCAUUCCGACAAAUACCUUGCCACAGUUGAUUCUCACUUCCCUUCAUCGGAACCACCCGCGGGCACUUCCUUCUAAAUUGUAAAUACGAGACUGUAAAAUUCUUUUCCUUAGCAUAAUUAUAACGGAGUCUCGCGAGUGCAAUCACCAGUGAUAUCUUUAAUUUGAAAAAAUAUUUGUUUCGGUUACGUGCAAAAAUGAACAUUCGUACAGCAAUCGUACUGAGAAAAAUGCAAUUAAGUAUGAAGAAAAAAUGAUAGAAAUAAAGACGACGAAAAAAAGAGAGAAAGAGAGUGAGAGGAACAUAACACUUGUAAAUAUUAGAAUAAUUUUUGUAACAAGAGCCGAAGUGCCUUGAAUCUUGCCCAUGAAUAAUAUUUAAAGUGAUUAUUUAUACGUACGAACAUUUUCUGUACUUAAUUUUUUUUUUUUUUUAAUAAAUAAUGAUGAUAAUAAACGAUU